AUGACCCAACUCCGUCUGAGAUCGGUUAUAAAGCCGCUAACACUCCUUCUGUCGGUGCUGCCUUAUAGCAAAGCGUCUCCAACACCACCAUGCAGCACGCCGCCCGGUGUUCACAUUCCCAAGCAGGGUGCAGUAGCUUCUCAGAGCACGGUAUGCAGUGAGAUCGGUAUUCAGCUGCUAAAAGACGGAGGAAAUGCUGUGGACGCCCUCGUGGGCACAGUCUUUUGUGUCGGUGUCAUUGGAAUGUAUCACAGUGGCAUUGGUGGUGGUGGCUUCUUGCUGCUGAGGACGAGUGAUGGCAAAUACGAGUUUGUCGAUUUGCGCGAGACAGCCCCGGCUGCAGCAACUCAAGAUAUGUACAACGACAACGAGGAUCUGAGUAUUUAUGGUGGUCUCGCAAGCGGUGUUCCCGGUGAACUUCGAGGAACAGAAUAUAUCCACAACAAGUACGGCGCUCUGCCAUGGGCUCAUGUCAUCAAGCCCUCAAUCGAUGUUGCCAGAAACGGAUUUAAAGUGACGGAAGACUUGAUUAACACCAUUAAGUCGACAUCUCCUAACAACUUUCUCACAGAAGACCCAGCAUGGGCCAUCGACUUUGCUCCCAAGGGACGCAUCGUCCGGCUGGGCGAAACCAUGACUCGAAAGCGUUAUGCUGAUGCUCUCGAAUCAAUAUCCAAAUUUGGUGCUGAUGCCUUUUACACUGGCCCCAUUGCUAAUGCCACCAUUCGCGCCUUGAAAGCAGCGGGCGGAAUUAUGACGCUGGAGGAUCUGAAGAAUUACACCGUUGCCAUCAGAGAACCCUUGCAUAUCAACUACCGCGGUUACAAGCUCACGAGCACAAGUGCUCCGUCAAGUGGUGCCGUUGUACUCAGCGCUCUCAACACUGUUGGUGGCUACGAAGGAUUCGGAGAUCCUGCCCAGGUGAACGUGACCACGCAUAGACUGGAUGAAGCCAUCCGGUUUGCAUAUGGCCAGCGCACUGAGCUUGGAGAUCCAUCUUUUGUUGAAGGCCUUGACAAGUACUCAAAAGAAAUGAUUGCUCCUGCAGCAGGGGCCGAGAUUCGCUCCAAAAUCUCAGACUUCAAGGCGCAAAAUGUCUCUUACUAUGACCCCAAAGGCUUGGAAUCCCUUGAAACUCCUGGAACGUCGCAUAUCGUUGCUGCAGAUGCUAGCGGAAUGGCUGUAUCGAUGACUACAACAAUCAACUUGCUCUUUGGAUCAACGCUGAUUGUUCCAGAGACGGGAGUAAUCAUGAACAACGAAAUGAACGACUUUAGUAUUCCGGGAGUUAGCAACAGCUUUGGCUACAUUCCCAGUCCUGCCAAUUAUAUUCGCCCUGGAAAACGGCCGUUAUCUUCCAUUUCUCCCAUUAUAGCGGAGACAGCGGACGGAAAGCUAUAUCUCGCUCUCGGUGCUGCGGGCGGUAGCCGCAUUAUUACGGCCAACAUUCAGAACACGAUUCACGUUCUGGACUCCAAUAUGACCACAGCUGAAGCACUUUCCCAACCUCGUCUCCAUGAUCAGCUUGUUCCUGCGCAGACAAGCUUUGAAUAUGCAUACGACAAUCGCACAGUGGCGUUUAUGAAGUCGGUUGGUCACAAUGUUACUUGGGUUGCACCGGGGCAAAGUGCCGCACAAGCUGUAAGACUGUUGCCGAACGGUACAUUUGAGGCAGCUGGAGAACCUAGACAAGUGACGUCUGGUGGAUUUGCUAUAUAA